AUGCAGAUCUUCGUCAAGACCCUCACCGGCAAGACGAUCACUCUUGAGGUGGAGUCUUCUGACACUAUUGACAAUGUCAAGAGCAAGAUCCAGGACAAGGAAGGCAUCCCCCCAGACCAGCAGCGCUUGAUCUUUGCCGGCAAGCAGCUUGAGGAUGGUCGUACCCUGUCGGAUUACAACAUCCAAAAGGAGUCUACACUCCACCUUGUCCUCCGCCUUCGUGGUGGUAUGCAGAUCUUCGUCAAGACUCUGACCGGCAAGACCAUCACUCUCGAAGUCGAGUCCUCCGAUACUAUUGACAACGUCAAGUCGAAGAUUCAAGAUAAGGAAGGUAUUCCCCCGGACCAGCAGCGCUUGAUUUUUGCUGGCAAGCAGCUCGAGGAUGGCCGCACCUUGUCCGACUACAACAUUCAGAAGGAGUCCACACUGCAUCUCGUCCUGCGCCUGCGCGGUGGUAUGCAGAUCUUUGUCAAGACCCUGACUGGCAAGACCAUCACGCUUGAGGUUGAGUCGUCGGAUACUAUUGACAACGUCAAGUCCAAGAUUCAGGAUAAGGAGGGUAUUCCUCCUGACCAGCAACGUCUCAUCUUUGCUGGUAAGCAGUUGGAGGACGGCCGCACACUCUCGGACUACAACAUCCAGAAGGAGUCUACUCUCCACUUGGUGCUCCGUCUUCGCGGUGGUAUGCAGAUCUUCGUCAAGACGCUCACUGGCAAGACCAUCACGUUGGAGGUUGAGUCCAGCGACACGAUCGAUAACGUGAAGUCCAAGAUCCAGGACAAGGAGGGCAUUCCUCCUGACCAGCAGCGUCUCAUCUUCGCGGGUAAGCAGUUGGAAGAUGGUCGCACACUUUCCGACUACAACAUUCAGAAGGAGUCGACGCUGCACUUGGUGCUUCGUCUCCGCGGUGGACAGUAG